AUGGAACAAAGCAUCAAGUUUGUAAUUUUUAUCAAAUUUUUUUUAUUUAUCCUUUUAAAUUGGAUAUGUCAUUUUUACAGUGACACGAGCAAGUUUAACAAAUUUUUAGGUGAUAAUUAUGGUUCUGAUAGGAAAUUAAAUAAACGACUUUAUAGAUUAUUAGGAAAAUGUGAAAAGGUUAUUUGUUCACAUAUCGGAGAUUUAGAAUUAAAGAUACCAUAUAAUAAAAAAGAAAAAAACGAAAAAUUAAUUACAAUUGAUAAUGAAAAAUGGGACGAAGAAAUAAAAGAAAAAUUAUAUAGAAGCUCAUUAAUUAAGAAAAAAUUGAUUAAGAGACUUAUGAAAAAUAAAUAUAGCAUGUUUCAUAAUUCAUAUAACUAUUAUGAAAAAAAAGUAAUGAAUGGACUUAAUGAUAAAUCUUUUUUUAAAAAAAUGAUAUUAAUUAAUGAUAAGGAUUACAAAAAAUUAAAACGUAGAAAAUAUGGAUUAAGGAUUUUUAUAUUUUUCCUGUUGUUUGUGGUGGUAUUAAUGAUACCUAUAUUAGAUUUAUCCAUUGGUAAUCUAUUGAUUUUAUUAUUUCAAUUAUUAGAAAACAGCGCAGCAAAUGGUUCAAGUUCUCCGUCAACUGUCCCUGUAGAAACGGCGGAUUCUUCAUGGUCCUCUUAUUUUUCACAAAAUCCUUUUGUACUACAGAAAGCCCGCAGUAUUUUAAUGUAUUGUGUACCAAUCCUAUUAUUGAGUAUUAUACUUAUACUAGGAAUUUUUCAUUAUUAUAAAAAAGUUAUAAAACGUAAAAAAAUUAAGUCCUUGGAAACGUUCAAUGAAUGGUAA